AUGGAGGAAAGACUGGUUUGUAAAAGUUGUCUUAUAGAAGAGUAAAGGAGUUCUAAAGAUUUCAUUUAGAUGGAAGAAGCAAGAAUUGUUAUUAAUAGUUAUACUAAAAAGAUAGAAAGAAUUUUGAAUCCAUAUUUAAAUGAAAUUUAAAGAAAAUUCUAAUCUAUUGAAUAGUAUAUUGAUAAAUAAAAGAGUAAUUUGAAUAAUCUAUUAAAUUAAAUUAUCAAAGAUGUUUAGAAAUGGUAGGAAAGCCUAAUAUCAGUGACAUGGAUUAAUAAAAAUGAAAAAGACUUUCUGAAUAUCUUUGACAAUAUAAAAAGGAAUGAUGAAGAUUGGUUAAAAGAUAGUGAAUUAAAAAUAACUUAUGAAAUUUAAUAAUUAGGGUAUACUUAUUAUCAUAAAAUUGAUAAACAAUUAAAAUAAUAUGCAGAUUAAUUAAUGAACUUUAAAUUAGCUGAUAAAGUGAUUGAAAUAGCUAAAUUAAGUUAAGAAAAAUGUUGGAAUGUUUACAUUGAUAACUCAUUUAUAAAAAAAAAAUAAUUAGAAGUAUAUAUACAUAUAUAUUAAAUUAAGUAAAAAUUUAAGCUAAUUUAUUGUCCUGAACAUAAUAAGAUUGUAGAAACUAUUAAUAUCGAAAAGAAUGUUCCAAAAAGUAGAAGAAUUUCAUGUUAAGAGUGCUAAUAAAGUGGAUUAGAUAUAGAAUAAUUCAUUAAAAUUUUGGAUCAAAAGUAAUAUUAGAAAUUAGAAUAAUAAUAAAAUGCUUAGAUAUAUAUGCAAGAAUGUUAUAAAAACAGUCUUUCCAAAUUGGAAUAGUUAAGAAAUGCUUAAUACAAGAAUUUAACUAAUAUGAUUGAUUCUGUAUAUCUAAAAAUUGUAGAUGGAUCAAACUGUUUUUAACAAAUAUAUUUAUAAUCUGAUGAUUUUAGUAUAGUUAAGUUUUAGGAAAUGGCUGAAAUGUGUUCUUAAGAAUAGCAAAAAUGUGAACUUCAAACAAUUCCCUAAUUUCGAUUACUUCUAUAUAAAUAAGGAUAAGCUAUGGUUUAAGAUGUUAGAUAAAUUCUAAUUGAUUCUAGAUAAGAAGAUGGUGAUGAACAAAAAAAAAAUAAGGUUUCUAUAAAAGUAGAAAGAGAAUAAAUAAAUAAAAAUUAAAGUUAAUUAUAACAGCUUGAAAGUUUAACAGGUUAAUCAAUUUUAAGACCCUAUUAAGCAGAUAUAUAAGAAAUAUAUUCAAUGGCAUUUAAUAGAAAUGGAUUUUUACUGUUAACAGGAGGAGAUGAUAUGAUUACAGUUUAUUUAUUCUUAGAAGGUAGAAUAGAAACAUUAAGGAGAAUUCCUUGUUAAAGAAGUGUUAGUGUUUUAUUAUUUGGUUAACAAUCAAAUGAUUUUAUUUCUGGGCAUAGUGAUGGAAGUCUUUAAAUAUGGAAUUAUCUGAAUUAAAUAAAUUAUACAAGUACAAUUUUUGAAAAUUAACACAUGGAAACUUUAAGAUGUUUAAUUAUAAACAAAAAAUAAGACUAAUUGAUAUCAAGUAGUGAUGAUUAAACAAUUAUCGUACAUUAAUUAAGUUUUAAAUAGAAAAGUUUACUAUUAAAAUAAUCCUUAACAAAACAUCAAGAUAAUGUUACUUCAAUUUGUUUGAAUUAAUCUGAAACUACAUUAUUAUCUUGUAGUAAAGAUGCUUAAAUUAUUGUUUGGAAAAAAAAUAACUAUGAUGAUUGGGAAUUCAAAAAUAUUGUUAAUCAUUCAGUUAAAUAAUAUGGGAAUAAAAUAGUUUUUAUUAAAGAUAAUUAGUUUAUUUGGACUUAAUAUAAAGAACAAAAAAUUCUUGUAUUUGAGGAAGCAAAUCAAGUAUUUAUCUAAAAAUCUAAAAGCAGCAUAAUAAAUGAAAUAAAGUAAGAUGUUAAAAUUCCAUUUAUUUAUAAUUUAUAAUUUAACUAAAUUAUUUGUCAUCAUGGUUAAAACAUUAAUUUAGUAAAAUAAUUAUAAGAUGGAUCAUUUCAGAUAGUAUCAAGUUUUUAGAACUAACCAACUGGUUAAUACAAAGGAGUGGUUACAAAUGAUUUUAAAUAUUUAGUCAUUUGGAACAAAAAAUUGUAUUAACUUAAAAUAUAUUAAUUAUAUAUUUGA